ACCUGCUAUAAACAGGGGGGCGCACAAAACCCAAACACAAAUUCUGAUCAUGGCAUGGUCUUGUUUACAACCGUUGUAAAGCAGAGAAUAUAAACAGUCUUAGACCAUCAGCUCAGGACCAGCAGUUCUUGUUCAGGAGCUCUUGAAGCCGGUUUGGCCACUCCUCGGGCAUUCUCUUUGAGGACAUUAUUUUGAACUGCUAAGCUAGAUACAGGCACUGCAUGAAAGAGACAAACAAGAAGGAUUCUUCUAAAUCAAAGCAUCAUGGAGCAUAGCUCAAGGCCAGGGGUGAAGUUAAACCACAUGAAUGGUGCCCUAGUACAGGCCAGACCUAAACCCCAGGCAAGAGAGCAGUGGGCUAAUAAGCUGGAGUUUCUCUUGGCGGUGGCAGGGCACAUCAUUGGCCUGGGAAAUGUGUGGAGGUUUCCUUACUUGUGCUACAAGAAUGGAGGGGGGGCAUUUUUUGUGCCUUAUGUGCUGUUUCUCUUCACCUGUGGGAUUCCACUUUUCUUUUUGGAGACCUCACUGGGUCAGUUCACCAGUCAGGGUGGAAUAACGUGCUGGAGGAAGAUCUGUCCACUAUUUGAAGGUCUUGGUUAUGGUAGCCAAGUCGUUGUCCUCUAUACUGGAGUCUAUUACAUUAUAAUUCUUGCUUGGGCUUUCCUUUACCUCUUUUCAUCCUUCAGCUCAGAGCUGCCAUGGGCGAGCUGCAACAACUACUGGAACACAGAGAACUGCAAAGAGUUGAGAAAAAGCAACAUUACUGAAUAUUCUCCAGAGAAAAGCACAUCUCCUGUUAUUGAGUUUUGGGAGAGAAGAAUUUUGGGCUUGUCUGAGGGAAUAGAACAGAUUGGUAAUGUUAGAUGGGACUUGGCACUCUGCCUUUUUUACCAUUUGUCUUUCAGAGACUGUGUAUACUUGUGUCUGCUCAACAGCUUAACUAGCUUUGUGGCUGGUUUUGCUAUAUUUUCGGUCCUGGGCUUCAUGGCAGAUGAACAGGGAAUGGAUAUUUCAAUGGUUGCAGAGUCAGGUCCUGGUUUGGCAUUCAUUGCUUACCCCCGUGCUGUAGCUUUGAUGCCCCUGCCUCAGUUAUGGGCAAUCUUCUUCUUUAUCAUGAUCAUAUUCCUGGGACUGGAUAGUGAGUUUGUGUAUCAUGAAGCCCUGGUAACGGCUAUCUCGGAUAUGUAUCCCUCCUUCUUCCAAACUGGACAUCGGCGUAAAUUUCUUCUCCUCUUCAUAAGUGCUGCCAGCUUCCUUGUUGGUCUGCUAAUAGUAACAGAGGGUGGCCUGUAUGUCUUCCAGCUUUUUGACUAUUACGCCUGUAGUGGAAUGACUCUUCUUACUUUUGCUAUCCUUCAGUCCAUCUGUGUUGGAUGGGUAUAUGGUGCAGAUCGCCUCUAUGAUAGCAUUGAGGAUAUGAUUGGAUAUCGGCCCUGGCCCUUCAUGAAGUGCUGCUGGAAAUAUCUAACACCAGCUAUAUGCACAGGAACAUUUAUCUUCUCCUUGGUUAAAUACACUCCUCUGAAGUUCAACAAUGUGUAUGAAUAUCCCUGGUGGGGUUAUGCGAUUGGUGGCUUCUUCACCCUUUCUUCCACCCUACUAGUUCCACUGUGGAUGAUUUAUUUGGUUGGCACCACUCCAGGGUCUAUGCGACAGAGAGUAAGAGUCUUGUGUACUCCUGCUGAAGACCUGCCUGAUCCUAAACGCCCAAAACAGAAGCUAAACACUGUUUCUUUUGAAAUGUAA